AUGAUUAAGUUGGCCAACUCAAGAUUGGUAUUGCAUAAGAAUAAGAACCUUGAGAUGGCCAAUGCACACAAGAGAGAGGUUGCUGAAUUACUGUCGUUGGGCAAGGAGGACCAGGCACGUGUAAAGGUCGUCACCGUAAUCAAUGAAGACUAUCAAACAGAGGUACUUGGUAUACUACUAAUCUACUGUGAGACAUUGGGCAACAGAGUCAAAGGUCUGGAAGGUGUAAAAAUAUGCCCACCAGACAUCAAGGAGGCUGUGUGUAGUAUCAUAUUCGCUGCGCCAUAUCUCGACAAGCAGGUCGAGUUGUACAAGAUAAGGAAGAGAUUGAUCGAGAAGUUUGGAAAGAAGUUCCCAGAGGAGUGCAUUGACUGUUGUUGUAUAAAUCCUAAAAUCCUCCACAGACUGUCGAACAAGCCACCAGAGGACUCAUUGAUCAACUAUUACCUCGCCAACAUUGCCAAGAAGCAUAACGUUCAAUGGGAGACACCCAUGUUACCACCCUUGGUAGACCUACAACAGAGUAUUCCAGAGUUUACAAUGUCGGCUUUGGCUGAGCAGCUGCCAUCACCACCUCCUGUGCAGGAAGCUAGCACAGCUAUAUUGGACUUCCCAUCGGUGCCAUCGACCGAUGUGAAACUGGACUUCCCUGUCGUGCCCCAGUUCCCAACGAUUGUUGAGAAGCAAGUGUGCGAUGCCAGCCGCGUCGAAUGCUUUGGACCGGGCCUCACGGGCGGCUUUGUUGGCGUCGAAUCACUGUUCACCAUUCAGGGCUAUGACACCAAGGGCCAGAAGAUGACCAGUGGCGGCGACACUUUCAACGUGCUCAUCCAGGGUCAGUUUGGCGAUCAGAUCUACGGCAAGGUCAAGGACAAUGGCAAUGGAUCGUACACUGGAUCGUUCACACCACCAAAGGCGGGCGGCUACGCCAUCGCCGUGUACCUGGUCAACCAGCAGGUGGCAAAGAGUCCAUUCUACCCCACCGUCGUGGACAAUGAGCCUGUGACCGACCCCAACCAGGUUCAAUGCUACGGAGACGGCCUCACAAGUGGUCGUCCAAAGAUCCAAUCGACCUUUACCAUUCAGGCACGCGACUCCAAAGGCAACAACCGCAACAAGGGUGGCGAUAAGUUCUACGCAUUCAUCCAGGGUCCACCUGGCAUCCAGAUCCACGGCAAUGUCGUGGACAACAACAACGGCACAUACACCGUCACAUACACCCCACCCAAUGCAGGCGGCUACGCUGUGGCAGUUUAUCUCGACAAGGUCCAGUGCAAGAGUGGCCCAUGGACAUUCUUCAUACUUGAAGAGGUCCAGGCUGAGGUACACAUCGACAAGGAGGAGGACGAGCUUGACAAACUGUGGAAGGAGACCAGCAAGCUGUCCUUUGAGCCAUCGACCGCCGUUCUCGAAGCCACCAUGGAUAACAUCCCACCAGCACCAUCAGCCGCCGGCUUCAAGAUGCCAAACAUUGUGUCCAAUGCCGAGUUCCUCCAGUCGAUCACUGAGAAGACAUUGGUCAUUGACAAUGGAAGUGGCGUCGUCAAGGCAGGAUUCGCCGGCGAGGAUAAGCCAAGAUGUGUAUUCCCAUCGAUCAUUGGAUACCCGCUGUUCAACAGCGUUAUGAAGGGCAUGGGCAAGGAGAAGUACAUUGGUGACGAAGCACAGGCCAAGAGAGGUGUGCUGUCGAUCAAGUACCCGAUCGAGCAUGGCAUCGUCACGAACUGGGCCGACAUGGAGACACUCUGGGAGUACACCUUUAUGAAUGAGUUGCGCGUCGACCCAUCCAAACACCCGGUGCUGCUCACCGAGGCCCCACUCAACCCUAAGGCCAACCGCGAGAAGAUGCUCGAGAUUAUGUUUGAGAGCUUCCAAGUGCCCGCGCUCUACAUUGCCAUCCAGGCCGUGCUCUCGCUGUACGCCAGUGGCAGGACGACUGGCACCGUGCUGGACUGCGGUGAUGGUGUGUGCCACACCGUGCCCAUCUACGAAGGCUUCUGCAUCAGCCACAACGUCAAGCGUCUGGACAUUGGAGGACGCGACAUCACCGAGUACAUGAUCCGUCUGCUGACUGAGCGUGGCUACGCAUUCACCUCGACGGCCGAGCGCGAGAUUGUUCGCGACAUCAAGGAGAAGACAUCGUUUGUCGCACUCGACUUUGCCGAUUCCAUGCAGAAGGACGAAAACUCACUGCUGACACACUAUACAAUGCCCGACAAACAAGUGCUGUCCAUUGGCAACGAACGCUUCCGCUGCACGGAAGCACUGUUUGACCCUAGCCUGCUGGGCAUGGAUGUUAAUGGCGUGCAGCACCUGCUGCACAACACCAUCAUGGGCUGUGACAUUGACAUUCGCAAGGACCUCUACUCCAACAUUGUGAUAUCUGGUGGCUCCACCAUGUCGCCAGGCUUUGAGCAACGUUUGGAGAAGGAGUUGAAACAUCUGUCCACAAUGCCCGUUAAGAUAUCGGCGCCAGCCGAGAGGAACUACAGUGUCUGGUGUGGUGGCUCUGUUCUGGGCGACCUCAAGAGCUUCCCUGGCCAAUGGAUAACAAAGCAUGAGUAUCAAGAGUAUGGACGAAGCAUUGUACACAAGAAGUGUUAUUGA